AGUUGAGCUAUCUAAUUUAGACAGUCAACACAGAAUGGGGAAAGUCGGUCAGAGAGAGCUGUAAAAAUGUUAAGAGAUGUAAUGAGUUGAUAUGAAGAACAUGUUAAAGUCAGACAGAUUAAUUCAGUUGGUGUUAUUGAAUCUGUUGUUAGGAUUUUCCAGUGGGGACCAGACAGUUGAGAGUGGAGGAGGGCCAAAGGUGGAGGAUGCUAAAGCAUCAGGGGAGGAACAGGCCAUUAACUUGGAAUACCAGACGCAGAAUAAAGAAACAGUAAAAGAUGUAUCAGGUGAACAGAAACUAAAUGGAGAAGAAAGUGAAAAGGCUACCAAUAACAAACAGGGUGACCCUGAGUCAGGCACAGAACCACCCCACAAGAGUGAACCUGAAAAAGACACACAAAAUCAACAAGAAGAUAAGGGAAAAAGUACAGACAAAGGUGAGGAUUCAGGGACAGUUACCACUGACAACACAGAUUUAGGAAUAGCAGGGAAGGAAUCCCCAAAUCCCGGGAAUGUGGGAACACAGGAAAACAAAAUUAAGGAAAACCAGGACAGAUCUCAGGAGGACACUGAAAAAGUCAAGGAACCAGAAUCAGAUUCUCGGGCAGAAACUCUGGAUAAAGAACCCCAGGGUAUCCCAGCUCCACCCCCAGACAAUGAACAGAACCUACCCCAGCAGCCUGCUGGAACCUCCACACAGACCCAGGGGGAACCUGUAUCUCUGACCCUUCAACCUGUGGUCAAAGAGGCAAAGGAUGAAUCUGCUGAGAAGGACUUUGAAACAUUUUCUGAAUGGCGACAAAAAGCAUUAGCCGAGGAGGAAAAAAACAAACAGAAAGCUGAAAUGUCAGAACAAGGGGUAACAACUCCUAAGAAAAAGAAUGGAAAAAAGGUGAAUUAUGCUUCUAAAGACUGUGGGGCUAAGAUUCUGGCCAGCAACCCUGAGGCAGAAAAUGUGGAUCGAAUUUUGACCAACAAUAAAGAUGAAUACAUGAUCAAUCGCUGUGCUGUCACCAAAAAAUGGUUUGUGAUUGAACUGUGUGAACCCAUCUACAUCAAUGAAAUUGAGGCCGGUAGUUUUGAACUGUUUUCUUCAAGACCAGAAAACAUCAGUGUCAAUGUGAGUGACAGAUAUCCAACCAAAGAAUAUCAGCAUCUAGGUGUGUUUACAUUAACUGAGAACAGAGGGUUGGACAAGUUUCAAACCAAAGUGGAAAACGAUUUUUAUGUGAAAUAUGUAAAGGUUGAAAUGCUCACUCACUAUGGAGAGGAACACUACUGCCCACUGACAAUGUUCAGAGUGUAUGGAAUCCCCGUGGAGUUAGAUGAUGAUGACGACCUGGAAUCUCAUCAUGAGGAGGGGGAGCACAGUGGAGAAAGCACCUCUGAUAGUGUUGAGGGGGCAGACUCGGAUCAACCAAAGAAUUUGUUCUCCAGUGCUAAAGAUACUGUAAUGAAGCUGGUAAAGAAAGUUUUAAAUGUUGAGGAGAAAACAGAAAUAUCACAACUCAACAAUUCUUUGCCUCUGAAUGCCACCACAAACAACACAACUGAUGUCAACAAGGCAGCAGCACAGGAAAAGAUGGAACCUUGUGAGCCUAAGCCAGAAAUUCCUAAAGAGAAGUCUGAGGCUGACACAGUUAACAAAGGAGAGACCCUCCCCAAACCCCCCAGCCCCACAUCUUGUCCUGCUGAACAAGAAAAACCAUGUGAUACUCCAGGAACUUUAAGUGAUGAUAUGAAACCGGAUCUUUUGGAUCCUGCUGUUUCUAUAGUUACCAAGCUGGAGGACCAUGAACAAAUGCCAAGUGAACAAUUGAAGCCUCCCAUGGUUUCACUGAUACAAAGCGGAGAUCUCAAGAAGCGUUUAACUCUGUAUAAGAUGUUUCUGUCGUGUAUUCUACCACACAGAUUUAAGAUUCGCCACCGACAGAACUCCACUUUGUCACUAUGUAGCUAUGUCAGAGCAUUGAAAAAAGAUUGGAUCUCAGUACCAGGGGAAUUUACCUUGCCGUCAAGGUCAAGGACACAUGAAUCGUCAACAGUGACACCUGUGGUUACAGUAAAGCAGGAGGUUGUAGAUCACACAGAUGUAUUAAGUACCCCUACAUCUGAUGUGGUGGAAACUCCAACAGAGAAAGUACUGGAGAGUCAGUCACCUUGUUUUAUCCCCACACCUGCUUCUACUUCAGACGUUCAGAUUUCAACAGUGAUACAGGUUCCUUCUCUUGAUUCAGAAGUUCCUGUACAGGACAGUACAGUUCUACCAAAGGAAACAAAAACUCAGCAAGGCCUUCACCAAUCUCCAGUUCUAUCAACAUCUCUGAAAACAAUGGACAAAACUGACAUUCCGGAAGUUAGAGCUACAGCAUCUGUUUCUGUGGAAAACACAGUAGCUUCAGAGAUACCACCAGCUGUGUCCUCUACCAGUCAUGGAGAAGUGAUUUCCAGUCAGAGUGUAUUAGAGCCUAGUGUUGUUAUUGAUGUGAGCAAGGAUUCUUUUUCUGAGACGCCACAUCUACAGAAGACGGAAUCAUUAACAACCAUGCCAGUGUCUGACACAGCUUCAUAUUCAACCUCACCAUCUUCAACAGAAGACAGUAAAACUGAGCAGAAAAUGCACCUCCCAGAAGUUAAUGGUGCUUCCAUCACUACCAGCAGUGCUGUACAGACAGAGAGUUCUCAGGACACUAUGGUGAAUGGUCAGACUUCUGAAGAGGGAGACAGACAGAUAGAGGACAAUUAUCCCCAAACCACAGUUACCCCUGCCCCAGACACAAUGGAGCAAACUUCUGAAUCCAGCUAUACGCUAUCGGCAGACGAGAUUGAGUAUACACCACAGAAAAACCUCAGAUUGGUCAAAGUUCCCAUCCUGCCUCUACAGAAACGGGAAACAGCCAUAAUGAGACUGACCAAUAGGAUUAAAGCUUUGGAAACCAAUGUUUCUCUUAGCAGCAGGUUUUUGGAUGAGAUGACUCAGAAGUUUAAGAAGCAAUCGGAGGAAAUGCAGAAACUCCUGACUGCUAAAUUUGAGAAUGUAACCAAAGACCUAAAGGAGGCAGAACGCAGAGAUAGACAGCAACAGGAGCAGAUCAAUUUUCUGGAACAUCGCUUAGAUAAUCUGACAGACAUGGUGUAUAAACUCCAAGAUGAGAUGUCUCAUCUCAACAAACAGGUGAUGGACAGACAGGUUUUCUUUACAACUAUUGAGGUUUUUGUCCUGUUCUGUAUUCUCCUUGUUUGCCUGAGGCGAGGUAAGUCUUCUGUGGCAAACCUGCCCCCAGAAGUCAGGAAGCUGAUUGAAGGAAUGCCUUUAAGUAUGGAUGUCUCCAAGGUUCCAAGGCGAAAUUCCUACUCUGAGGGAGCCAGGAAACAAAACAAAUUACUGAUGUCUGAUGGACAGCUGCAGAAGCACAACAGUGACCCCUCGCUGGCUCAACCAGUCUCGGUUUCCAGGUCUACAAGUUCAACAAGCCAUGGAUCUGUAGAUCAGCAAAGAGAUUUUCAGAGAAGAAAAAAGAAGAAAAGAAACAGAGUACAAGUUUCGAAAUCAACAGAAAUCCACAACCUCCCAGAAGAUUUGAAAAACAUUAGUGCAGACAGCCAUAGUGAGGCUGGGUUGUUAUUUACCAGUGAUAUACCCAAAGAAUUGACAUCAAGUUCCAAGCCAGAGCGGAAUUCUGGGGGACUUUUGUCAUAUUUUUGGAAAGAUAAAGAGUCAGUGAACAAUUUGGCACAGAAAAAGACUAGUUGCCCAAAUUCUUUCCCAGAGUCGAACAAAGGUCAACAGUCCAGUAAGACAGUUCCUUUAAAUGGUCAAAAAUUGAUCAAGAAAUCCUCAUCUACUGAGUGCACUUCCUCCAACAAAGCAAGUCAGAAUGGACAUGUGUACGUUUAUCCUGUUAUUGAAACUUUAUUGCCUUCAAUGUCUUGUUCAAAACCUGUCAGUGGUCAGUUUAGCGGCCGACCUCCAGACAAGAACAAUGCUGGACAUCCCAAAAAGAAAUCACAUAAACGGGCGUCCAGUAUCGACCUUUCGACUGUGCAGAGGAGAUAAAUUUUCUCAGUUUGGUGAUGGCUUUAUUUUUACAAGUUGUGGGCAUUAACUUAGUUUAAUUUAUUUUCUCCAUCUGGUUCAACAAAUCAAUUUUUUUUACCAUGUACAGUAAAACUCAGUUACAGCAAAAACACAUAUGAUGAUUUCAUGCAUAAAGCCAAAAGAUUUUUUUUCCUGUCAUCUCAAAACAUAAAUUUAACAGAAUGAAUUACAUCAAUAAUGAUUCAAAAUUGUUUCCUGGCACUUUGCUCUAAGCAUGUUUCACUAUGUACAUGUACAUGUAUGUAAAACAUACUUCUCAAGGUAGGGUCUACCUUCAAUUUGGUACAUACAUGUAUAUAGUAUUGAAAAAUGAAAAACAUAAUGAAAAUUAUGAUUUUUCCAGGUGUAGUUAUAACACCUGUAUUUUUGUUUUUCUUCAUUGAUCAAAUAAUGGUGCUGAUUUUGCAGACAUUAGCUUUAAUUUGUAUAUGAUUAUCGUGGCAAUGAUCUUUUUAUGUCUGUAAAAAGUCAGGCAUGAGUUAAUUUUCAUUGUUUUAAUUGCUGUUGCAAUACAUAUAAAGGAUUACUUCUUGAAAAUCAGAAUUAAUACAGUGUUGUCUAUAUGUUAAGUUAUUAAUUAAAUAUUAAUUACUAAAUGAACUUUGUCCAAUACCGGUGAGGGUUAUAAAUUUUAUUUGCAGUUUUGGAUAUUGAUUCAUCGCUGUUCACUCACACAUGAUUGAUAAAUUUAAUUAUCUUUUAUGAAUUUAAAUUUAAUUUAUGAAUAGCAAUUUUUCAAUUUUGCUUUUAUGAAAGUGUUUUUUCUUGAGUCACAGUAACAGCUUUAUUAUACAAAUUAUUGGUAUGAUGUUUGCUUCACCACUAGUAUAUUGUCUGUGUAAUGCCAGUUGAUCAGCAGUGUCGUAAUUAACAGCCUGAGGGUGCUUCAAUUGAGCUGUUUAUGCAGGUUGUAUCAGAUGUUUGCAUAAUUUCUUUGUAUCUUGCCUACAUAAAGGGCAUUUGGCAAAUGGAAAGUGGACAUAAUUUAUUUAAUUAGAGCAUUUUUCUAAGAGUAUAGUUAUCAUGACCUGAACAUAUUCAUGAUAAUCCAACAGAGAAAUGAGAUGCAAGUUGUUGCACUCAUUUGAUGUACAGGUUCAUAUAUGUACUGAAAUAUUUUAUAGAUUUUAAUUUUUCUUUUAAUUAUUGCUUGAAAUUUUUGUCAUCUAAAGCUUAUCAUAAAAGCAUACAUCAUACUUGAUACCCUUUCUUGUAAAUCUCCCCUCCCCUUAAGAUUUAUGUUAAACAUGAAUCUUUGUGGGAGGGGGCACAAGUAAGGAUAUUAACUAAAGUUUAAAGCUAUGUUGUGUCUUCAUCGUGCAUUAAGCCCAGCAUAAUUAAUUCAAAUCUCCUUUGCACAUAUGUCCACUUUUCCUUUGCACAAUUUUUUUUUUAAUUGCAAGUUUCCUUCUAUUAUGUAAACAUAAUUUUCAGAUUCAAGUUAAUUCACUGCCUUCAUUUAAAAUAUUUCCUUAAAUAUUCUAGUCCCUAAUCAUUAAUUGUGCUGUUAUUUGGCACAUGCAGUGCUGCUUUUAUUUGUCAGGUUGAACAUUUUUUGUGUUUUACAAUAUAGUGCUAAAGUUUCACACGUAAGUGCUCCUGCACUCCUAAAGAUAGGUAACAAACUAAGGAAAGCUGUUGAUAGUUUAAUGAAUUAUUUUCAGUAUUGUAUGAUUUAAUAGAAAUGCUUUAAAAAAUUGUAUAUCAACAAGAACUUAUCCUUAUAUGUCAAUUGCACAUUUUUCUACAUAUUAGUUAAAGUAAAUGGCCAAAGUUUUGAAAAUAAAUUACAGUGUCAUUGUUAAAUCUUGAUAUUAUUGUGAUCCCUUCUAAUGUUGCAUUUUUGUAUUAACAUUCCAUGAAUGUAGUGCAUGUAAUAAUUACAUUGUAUAUUUACAAUGUACAGUACAUGUAUGUACCUGUCCGAUGUAUAGAAAAGCUGUAUAUUUUCUCUAUUUUUAGCAUAACUUUGAAAAAAAAUGCAAACACCAUUACCCUGAGAUUAAUCCAAAAGAAUCUCCUUUCUCUGUGAUGAAAGACAGGAUGUAACUUUUGGUCGUUUAUGCUGAGAAAAAAAUUACUUGGUUGUGUUAUGAUUAUAGCUUGCAGUAGUAAAAAAAAGCUGUUUUGUAAAUCCAUGACAUUUGUUGAUUCAGAGUUUAGUAAUUUUCUGUUGAACAGUCAUUUUCUUGGUUUGACAAUUUGGUGCUAAUGUCCAAGUCCACGUGUGUCAAAUUUAAGUCAAUGCCGUUAAAUUGUUAUAUCUAUUUAAUGUUAAAUAAAAAUUUCUGAAGAACUA